CUACAAUAUAAUCGUACGAAUUUCGGAUUUCAAAAUGGCCAAUAAAGCGCCUUUCAAGACGACUUUCGAGGCGACUGAAGUUAUCCGGCCAAUUUUCACAGGUGGUGCUGUCGCAUUAGAGAAUGGCGCACGAAUCCUUGCGACGACUCUGGGAGAGGAUGCGGUCUUGACUGACAUAAAGACGGGAAAGCACAUUACCACAGUUGAAGGGGAUGGGGAACUGAUAUCUACACUAACUUUAACUCCGUCGGGAUCUCACCUUAUCAUAUGCUCUCGUUCGCUAUCUAUGCGAAUAUACUCUCUAAAGAAGUCAAGCGAUACGAUAGAACCUCAAUUGGUACGAACAUUAAAACCUCACACUACCCCCGUCGUCGUUUUGGCCGUCGAUCGAACUAGUACGCUGCUUGCGACCGGAGGAACCGAUGGAUCAAUCAAAGUAUGGGAUAUCAACGGCGGUUACGUUACACAUACCUUUCGAGGACCAAGCGUGCUUGUAUCCGCCCUCCAUUUCUUCGAACUUGCCGCGAGUUCGACACAUACCCAAGAAACCGCUCAGGAGAAGAAGAAGAGAAGGAAAUCGAAAGGCGCUGCUGAGGAUGAUGAAGAUGAGAUAUCAUCUACAGUAAGGUUCCGAUUAGCCUCUGGGAGUCAAGAUGGAAAGGUUCGCGUAUGGGAUCUACAUAAGAGGAGUGUCGUAGCGAACCUCGACUCGCAUGUUUCAGACGUUCAAGGUCUGGACUAUUCACCCACCCAAAAUGCGCUGGUGACCGCCGGUAGAGAUAAGACGAUCAGGUGGUGGGAUACGAAAUCUUGGAAAGUACGAAAGGUUGUCCCCUGUUUUGAACUUAUCGAGGCAGUUGGCUUCAUCGAUGAUGGUCAACUCACUUAUAGUGCCGGAUCAAAUGGGUGUCUGCGAUUAUGGGCCACUGACACCGGGCGGGAACUUACGAAAGAACAAACGCCAAAGCCCGAGACUGAAGCUUUUGUAAGAGCCAUUUACCAACCAGGAUUUCCAUUCGUCAUAUGCGUUCAAGUCGACCACACUCUAUCUCUUUAUCAAAUUCCUUCCGAGGCCCACGAUCUAUCUCAAGUCGCGCCCCCCGAGCCAUUUCGCCGAAUCUCAGGCACUCACGACGAUAUUAUAGAUUUACGGUAUCUACUGCCCGAUCAUUCUGCUUUGGCUUUAGCGACAAAUUCCGAAGACAUCCGAAUUGUAUCAGUGACCGAACCAAAAUCUGGGUUGGAAACUUUAGUCUCUUCCGAGUAUUUCGGGCAGGAUAUCGCUCUUCUCAAGGGCCAUGAAGACAUAAUUAUAUCACUUGAUGUCGACUGGUCUGGUCAUUGGGUCGCUACGGGUGCCAAGGAUAAUGCCGCGAAGCUAUGGAGAAUAGACCCGGCUAACAAUUCUUAUACCUGCUGGGCCACAUUUCCGGGACACGCCGAAUCUGUCGGGGCGGUAGCAUUGCCUCGAAGUCGGCCGGUAGAGGGCUCUAAAGCACAUGCCGACCCCUUAAACUAUCCGCCUCCAUUCUUAAUCACAGGAUCCUCUGAUCAGACUAUUAAAAGAUGGGAAGUACCGCGAGAACCACAAAAGGGCGCAAAGGCAACUAUCAGAGCUGCUUACACGCGAAAGGCCCAUGACAAGGACAUCAAUGCCAUCGACAUCAACCACUCAUCACGUUUAUUCGCCUCGGCUUCCCAGGACAAAACUGUCAAGAUUUGGUCGAUAGAAGAAGGUGAGGUUCAGGGAAUCCUCCGAGGCCAUCGCCGAGGUGUGUGGUCUGUUAGUUUUGCGCCUCUCAACACUCCGGUGCUUCAGGGUGAACAAGGUUCCGUGGCUGGGAAGGGCGUUAUACUCACAGGAAGUGGAGACAAGACAGUUAAGCUAUGGAACCUUACGGAUUAUACAUGCUUGAGGACAUUCGAGGGUCAUUCAAACACUGUCCUUAAAGUGGUGUGGCUUAACAUCCCGCCAAACGAAGAGCGUGGUAAGAAACCUAUACUUUGUGCUAGCGCUGGUGGAGAUGGUCUAGUCAAAGUAUGGGAUGUUAAUUCCGGUGAGAAUGAGUGCACGCUCGAUAACCACGAGGACCGAGUCUGGGCUCUUGCGGUACAUCCCGAGACGAACAUGGUUGUCUCUGGCAGCGGUGACUCUACUGUCUCAUUCUGGAAGGAUACUUCGAGUGAAACGCAAAUUGCGACGAACGAAGCAGCCCUCAAGCGCAUCGAACAAGAACAAGAGCUUGAGAAUUACGAAUAUGUGGGGGCUUACCGCGAAGCAAUCACGAUGGCGCUUCAGCUCAACCACCCCCGCAAGCUUCAGAGUCUCUUCGAGCGAGUAGUCAAUUCGAAAACACCAGAGAUUAGCAGCCUUUCAGGCUUAAGGGCUGUCGAUGAAGUAUUAGCCUCCCUUUCCGACGAGCAGCUGUUCCUGCUCCUCCUAAGACUGCGAGAUUGGAACACCAACGCCCGAACGGCACCUAUGGCCCAGCGCAUCCUGUGGACCCUCAUUAAGAGCUACCCUGCAUCGCGUUUCUCCAACUUGUCUGUAAAAGGGGCCCGAGGUCAGAAGAGCUUGAAGGAGGUCUUGAAUGCGCUUAAGGUCUAUACAGAGAGGCACUAUAAGCGCAUGGAGGAGUUGGUUGAGGAGAGCUAUCUAGUGGAAUAUACCCUGCAGGAAAUGGACAGUCUCGCGCCCAGUUUAGGUAGCAUGAAGUUGGCAGAGAAUGGCGAUUUAGAUGUCGUCAUGACGUAGAUUUUGCUAGACUAGAUAGAUAGUCUGUCAAUUCUGUAUAGAUCAAUUAAUUAUAUGGUACAAAUAGAGUAUUCUGUACAUUGCAUGACUGGGAUACGAGAGUCGCUUUGAGUAUCAAUAUACAGUCGGGUCUUAGUUCC